AUGACUGACAAUGUAGAACAAAAAGUUGGAAACAGAAUUUAUAAUUUCACUGAUACAGUUUUACCAUCAGAAGUCCAGAAGAUCUUAGAGUUAGAUUUUAACUAUGGACUACCAACAACAAAUAUCAAUCAACCGGUCGUUACAAUUAUUAAGGAUCUGGAGGGAUGUAUCGACAAAGUGAAAGAUGACGAGUUAUCCAACGAGGGUUUGACGGAAGUGAGAAAUAAUCUGAGAGCAAGAGGUGUAAAUAUUGUGACAAAUCACAUUAAAUAUCAGCGUAGAAGCAACAGCAAUCACAAGAAAAACUUCAACCUAGUUAAAAAUAUCAAAGUCACAAGAAAUUUCUUUAAACAACAUGAAGAUCUCCUAGUAAUGCGCUCAGAUAAAGGUAAUUCAACAGUGGUCAUGUACAAAGAAGAAUACCUCACAGAAAUGAAUAAGUUGGUUGGCGACCGUAAAACAUAUGAAAAGAUCAAAAGAGAUCCUACGUCAAAAGCUACAAAACAUAAGCAACCGCUUAAUAAAGAAACUUGUGGAUAUUGUGCAUUGGCACCAAGAAUCUAUGGCUUAAGGAAAACCCACAAACCUGGGUGUAAACUUAGACCAGUGGUCAGUAGCAUAGGAUCACCAGACCAAAUCAAACUGAAAAAGGUAAACGAAGACCAUGUUUUAAUAUCACUGGACGUAGUAUCUCUUUUUACCAAUGUUCAUAACAGUUUAAUAAGGAAAAUCAUCAUUGAGCGGUGGGAUGAAAUCCAGAAAUUUGUACAAUUGGACCAGACUACUCUACUAGAGCUUAUUGAUUUUUGUUACGACUCGGGAUAUUUCGUGUUUGAUGGCAAUUUUUACCUUCAGAAGGAAGGAUGUGCUAUGGGGAGUCCAGCAAGUCCUUCAAUUGCCAUCAUUGCAGUAGAUUAUGUUGUUUCAAUGGCGUUGACUCACCUUAACUUUGAAAUUCCGAUCAUUAAGUCGUAUGUUGAUGAUCUAUUCGCAGUGGUUCCAAAGGAUAAAGUAGACAGCAUCUUAGAUGUGUUUAAUAGUGUUGACAAGGACAUCCAGUUUACCUUGGAAGUUGAGAAUAACGGGAAGUUGCCUUUUUUGGACAUACUAAUAGAAAGAUCAGAAGAUGGUGAUCUUAUAACUUCUUGGUUCAAGAAACCGUACAGCUCAGGAAGAAUUUUGAAUUUUAAUUCCAAUCAUCCAUUGAGCCAGAAAUCGGGGGUUGCAAAAGGGUUUUUGAACAGAGCCAUGCGCUUGAGUCAUGUGAACAAGACCAAGGAAAGUAUUCGCAUGGUUAGAAGAUUACUGUCAUCUAACAAUCAUCCAAACAAGGUCAUCAGCAAGUGUGAGAAAAUUGUGUCCGAGAGGAUUAGAAACAACAUCAGGAGCAACAAUGUCAACAGGAAUUGGUCGUUUAGCAGAUUUCCCUACAUAAAAGGCUUGUCACCAAGACUGGGAUCUUUAUUCAGGCACACCAACUGCAAGUUGGUAUUCUAUAAUGUAUUCAAGGUUAAGGAUCUAUUUUCCCGGCUAAAAGACAAAGUGGAGAAAGAAGAUAGAUCUGGCCUGGUAUACAGGAUUCCGUGCUCGUGUGGGAAAUGGUACGUUGGACAGACCAGGCAAAAAUUAAAAGCCAGAGUGAGACAACACAAACUUGACUGCAGACCUGAGAAGUCCAUAAAAAACAACAAAACAGCAUUAGCGGAACAUCACUUUGUUGAAGAUGGUCAUAACUUUCAGUUCGAGGAUGUGGAGAUUUUAGAUCUGGAGAAAAAUUACAUGAAGAGAAACCUAAGUGAAAUGAUUUUUAUUAAGGCGAUGAAUUGUGUCAAUUUUAGAUCCGACACGCAAAAUCUCAGUACAAUUUACAGUGACCUGAUAAAUGAUGUGAAGGAUUUAGUGAAGUCAUAG